AUUUAAAGGGGAGUGAAAUCUCAGAAGAAGUGCACUUUACUGUAUUGGACAAGGUAUAUAUAGUGAGAGACAGGUUUAAAUUCCCCCUUGAUCAAGGAGAUCAUUCUCACACUAUUAAUUCACCCCAUCGGGUUGGCAAGAAGAUAAAAUGAGGGGAUACAGCAUACCUUCUGCCUUGCGACCCCAGAGCUCAGGGCGGUCAGAAUAUUUGGACCCAUAUUGACUACAUCUGAAAUAACACAGGAAAUAAUGUCUUUCUUAAUCAAAGGUGCUCAAAAGCAUGGCUUUAUUUGUCAAACCCACAAAGAAUUAUUCAAAAGAUGUAUACUGAAGAGUUCAAAAGCUUUUAAUGGACAAAAGAUGAGAUCUUCACAACCAUCCUCUCCAGUUAAUUCUAAAAAUAUGGACUCUUUCAAUUAUAUAAUAGUCGGAGCUGGGUCUGCAGGAUGUGUUUUAGCCAACCGAUUGACUGAAGAUCCUCACAACACUGUGAAGCUACUUGAAGCAGGUCCAAAAGAUACUGUUUUAGGUAGCAAACAAUUAUUGUGGAAGAUUCAUAUGCCUGCUGCUUUAACUUACAAUCUCUGUGAUGAGAAAUAUAACUGGUACUACCAUACAACACCACAAAAACACAUGGAUAAUCGGAUCCUGUAUUGGCCGAGAGGACGAGUCUGGGGUGGUUCCUCAUCCCUCAAUGCCAUGGUGUACAUUCGAGGCCAUGCAGAAGAUUAUAACAGGUGGAGCAAAGAAGGGGCUGUUGGAUGGGACUAUGAGUUCUGUUUGCCGUAUUUUAAGAAAGCACAAACUCAUGAGUUGGGGGCUGAUCUUUAUCGAGGAGGGGACGGCCCACUUCAUGUGUCAAGGGGAAAAACAAAAAACCCUCUUCAUUGUGCAUUCCUGGAUGCAGCUCAGCAAGCUGGGUACCCUUUCACAGACGAUAUGAACGGUUUUCAACAAGAAGGCUUUGGCUGGAUGGAUAUGACCAUAUAUAAAGGCAAAAGGUGGAAUACAGCUAGUGCGUAUCUUCGUCCUGCUUUAUCACGUCCAAACCUGUCUGCAGAAGUCAGUACACUUGUUACCAAAGUUUUAUUUAAGGGGACCAAAGCAAUUGGUAUUGAGUAUAUUAAAAAUGGAGAAAAGAAAAAGGUUUUUGCUAGUAAGGAAGUUAUUUUAAGUGGUGGCGCCAUAAAUUCUCCACAGUUACUUAUGCUAUCUGGAGUUGGGAAUGCGGAUGAUCUUAAAAAAUUAGGAAUCCCUGUUGUCUGCCAUCUUUCAGGAGUUGGCCAGAAUCUCCAAGAUCAUUUGGAAGUGUACAUACAGCAUAUGUGCACUCAACCUGUGACGCUGUAUAAAUCACAAAAGCCUCUUCAGAUGAUCAAAAUUGGUCUUGAAUGGUUCUGGAAAUCCACAGGAGAAGGAGCCACUGCCCAUUUAGAAACUGGUGGAUUUAUAAGAAGUCGUCCGGGCAUUUGUCACCCAGAUAUCCAAUUCCACUUCCUCCCUUCUCAGGUGAUUGACCAUGGGCGAGUUGCUUCACAGUUGGAAGCUUAUCAGGUCCAUGUUGGGCCUAUGCGAAGUACCAGUGUAGGAAAGCUGAAGCUGAAGAGUUCAGACCCUACUGAGCAUCCAAUCCUUGAGCCUAAUUAUUUGUCAACAGAAAUAGAUGUCUGGGAGUUUCGCCAGUGUGUGAAAUUAGCUAGGGAGAUCUUUGCUCAGAAAGCAUUUGAAGAAUUCCGUGGACCUGAGAUUCAACCAGGGGAACAUAUUCAGUCUGACAAAGAAAUAGAUGCUUUCAUAAGACAAAAAUCCGAUAGUGCCUAUCACCCUUCGUGCACUUGCAAAAUGGGGCAGAAUUCUGAUCCUAUGGCUGUGGUUAAUCCUGAGACCAAAGUUAUAGGCACAGAAAAUUUAAGAGUAGUUGAUGCCUCAAUAAUGCCCAGUAUUGUUAGCGGGAAUUUAAAUGCCCCAACCAUCAUGAUAGCAGAGAAGGCUGCUGAUAUUAUCUUGGGAUUACCACCGCUUCAAGACAAAAAUGUUCCUGUAUAUAAACCCAAAACUCUGGAAACUCAGCGUUAACUUUUUGCUAUGCCACCAUACGAGAAGUUUGGCCUACUUUUCCUGUAUAAAGUGUAGCAUCACAUGAUAUGUUUUUUCUAUACCAUUAAAUCAAAUCUACUUUCAAUGUCAAGAAAAAAGAUGUACAAUAGAAAUGAUGCUUUACUUCAGUUAAUAUUGAUUAAUAAUAGAUGAUUGGAAGCAUCUGAUUAACUUCAGAAUUGUUAUAAAUAGACAUUUGAUGCAUGCACAGUAAAUUUUUGCUGAAGAAUGGCAGUCAGAUUCUGUACAUUAGAACAAAACAGUGGAAGAAAAAAUAACAAAAAUAGAAUGUAGUUUAUGGCUUUUGAUUUGAUGGGCUAAUUCAUUUCAUAUUUUGAUUGGAAACAUCUGAUUAACCACAGAAUUGUUAUAGAUAUUUGAUGGUAUGCGCAGUAAAUUUUUACCACAGAAUUGAAGUCAGAUUCUGCACAUUAAUACAAAACAGUGGAAGGAAAAAUAAAUUUCAUAUUUUGCUUAUUUUCCACAUCCAGUCUAAAGAUAAGGGAAAAUAGAAAUGUAUUUUUUUUCUAGUAUACAAGGCAGCAUUUAAUCUCAGAAUGAAAUAAAAUUGUCAUUCUAAAUAGCUGAAGCAGAAUUAUGUUCAAGUUAGACCUCUUUGACCUAUAUUCUGUAUCUUGUGCAUUAGGGUCAUUUUUUUUUCAAUUGUCAAUAAAGAAUAGAAAAGGAUGGAAGUCAUACUAAAGUGAUGCAAUGAUUUUAGUAGAAAUAAUCAUGAUUAAAUUUUGCUGCUUCUGCUUUGCAAAAAUAUUUUAUUUCUGGAAUAAAAAAUUCUAAUUAAUAUAGUUAUUGUGUUUAGCCUCAGGUUUUUUUUAUUUUGUUUUGCUCUCUUUUACUAUAGGCAUUACUAUAAUUUAUUUUGUCUUGUUUAGAUACAUUAAGAGAGUAAUAAAUGCCUUGUACUGAAUUGG